CAUUUGUCCAUGUCAUUAGUUUCUCUCUCCUUCUCUCACCAUUCAUUUCUCAGUGUGUUUCAGUUUAUAAAAUCGUACACUUCAAAUUCAAUUUCGAAGAUAAGAAUCCCUAAUUUCAUGCUGUCAUUCUUAAUCUCUCUUAUCCACUGAAUCUAAUAUCCUACAUUCUCAUUCCCAUUUCUUCUUCUUCUUCUUCUCGCUUUGUGUGUGUAUUCAAGUUUUCUCCUUUUGAGUUCAGUAUUAUUGUUAUUAUAAGAAGAGACAAAAUUUGCCUUUGUUUUUUUUUAUAUCCUUUUUUUGCUUUUCCUUUGUUGGUGGGAUAGAGCGAGUAAGAGAAGACCAGGGAAGCACAUAAACGCAAAAGAGAAAGAAGAAAUGGCAUCGAAUAUAGGAAUGAUGGAUAGUGCGUAUUUUGUUGGAAGGAAUGAGAUAUUGACGUGGAUCAACAACAGGCUUCAGCUCAAUCUCACUCGCAUUGAGGAGGGUGCAUCUGGUGCUGUGCAGUGUCAAAUGAUGGAUAUGACUUAUCCAGGAGUUGUUCCCAUGCACAAGGUGAAUUUUGAUGCAAAGACAGAAUAUGAUAUGAUCCAAAAUUACAAAGUUCUGCAGGAUGUAUUCAACAAAUUGAAAAUUGAAAAGCAUAUUGAAGUUAACAGGCUUGUUAAAGGCCGACCUUUGGACAACUUAGAGUUCUUACAGUGGUUGAAACGAUACUGUGAUUCUGUUAAUGGUGGCAUCAUGAAUGAGAACUAUAACCCUGUGGAACGGAGAAUUAAGGGUGGGAAGGACCGUAACUCCAAGGGUGGUCAGAGGACCUCAAAAUCACUCCAAUCAAACAAUAUGCACAAUUCUGUCUCUGGUGACCCAGUUGGCCUGAGUAAAAUGCCUGGGCCAAAGCAAGGGAGGGGAAGUGCUGUGGCAGGUGGGGUUAAUUCUUCAGUGGAGAUCGAGACUUUGUCCAAGGAGAUCACUGAUCUCAAGCUUUCUGUGGAGCAUCUAGAGAAGGAAAGAGAUUUUUACUUUGCAAAGUUAAGGGAUGUAGAGUUACUUUGUCAAACUCCUGAAUUGGAGGAUCUCCCAAUGGCUGUUGCAAUCAAGAAGAUAUUAUACGCUGCUGAUACUAAGGAAUCUGCACUUGAAGAAGCUCAGGAAUAUUUGUAUGAAACUAUGAAUAAUGGUGAAGCUGAGGCUGAAAAUGAGGCUUGAAUCUUGAUUAGCAAUGGAUAAUGUUGCCUAGACACUCUCAGUGCGUUGUUAAACAAGAUAUUGGUGAUCUUUCAUUGUGCUCUACACUCUUAAAAACUUUUAGCGAAAAUAAAUUUAGCCUUUCUGGAUGUUUUCUUGAUAUGAAGUAACGGCUAAGUGAUGAAUAAAAACAGCAGCUGUUGUUCCUUUUCUUUA